ACCUUGCUGAAGAAAGCAUCUCCCGGGCUGUUUCUUCCCCCAGAUUCUCCCGAUAUAACUGAUAUAUUCGGCGAUCCACGAUUAAGUCCGAGAGUUGGCAAUGAAUACCAGGUGGAAAUUCCUCCCAUAAUAACAGGAUCUGAUCAUCUUCGGCUUUUGAUGGACCCUCUUGACUCUGAAGGCAUUCCUUAUCUUGCCCAUUCCUUUCUGUUAGGCUGACCUGUGCCUGUCACUUGGACCCAUGAACAAGAUACUGAUUUCGAGGAUGAAGGCAAGGGAGGUCUUAGUAAGCUCAAUGAUGGAAGUAAGUUGGACAAGUCUGACAAAUCUAGAAAGAACAGAAAGGGCCAGAUUUGUAAGAGGAAGAAAAGUUCUGAACUAAGUGCUGAACAGCCGGAUGCUAGGUUGGUCGAUGAAAAGAGUCGAAUGCUGAGAACCUUGAAUGUGGAAUCGCAAGUAAAACUAACUUAUUUCGACCAUGUGAAGGUAAAAGGUCUCAUCUAAUUCCAGGUUCAUCAGACCAUUCCUGGAGUGAUACAGAAGUGGACGGAUUUCUUCUUUGUUUAUAUAUAUUUUGGAAAGGAUUUCCAGCUGAUAAAACGAUUCAUUGAAAGCAAGGAAAUGGGGGAUAUAUUGUCAUUUUACUAUGGUGCAUUUUAUAGGUCUGACAGAUACUGCAGAUGGUCAGAUGGCCAGAAGAAACGAACUCGAAAAAAUGUAUAUGGACGAAAAAUCUUUACGGGAUGGAGGCAGCAGGAACUGUUAUCUCGGUUGCUCACCCAUGUCCCUGAAGAAAUACAAAAUGAUCUGCAGGAGGUCUCUAAAUCAUUUGUGGAAGGGAGAACUUCACUUGAAGAUUAUGUCUUUCAUUUAAAGACUAGUGUCGGCAUAUGUGCUCUUGUAGAAGCUGUAGGUCUUAACAAGGGGAAGGAAGAUCUUGCUGGCCUGGCCAUGGAGCAUCUGAGGACCACUCAAGUGUCCCCCGAAAUACCAUCUGGGAAGGCUUGUGCAUUUCUUACAUCUGGUGAUGUUAUCAGGUUCUUAACUGGAGGUUUUCGACUGAGCAAAGCUCAAUGCGAUGAUAUUUUCUGGGAAGCAGUUUGGCCACGCCUGCUUGCAAGAGGGUGGCACUCCGAGCAACCUAAGAAUCAGUGCUCUAGUGAUGUUUUGAGCAAAAUUGCAUCUGAGCCAACACUUAUCGAGCUUGAUGCUGAAGGAAACGGUAUAGGGAGCUGCAAUGAAGAAAAUGGGUGCAUUCCGGGAGAGUCAUCGGAUGAGGGCGAUCCUCCUAAUCAUAAGCCUUGUUAUCUCAAGCCCCGUGUCUCCAUUUUUAGUUCAAAUCACAUGAAGUUCACAAUUAUUGAUUCCAGUUUAAUGCAUGGAGGAAAAGCAUCUAAGAUGAGAGAACUGAGAUAUUCACCAGUUGAUUUGAUGUUUAUAUCAAAACCAAUGCGGAAGAAUGCUCAAGAUUCACGGAAGGUAAUGCUAAUCGAAUGCUAUAGCAGUUUGCUCCAUGGAGGAAAAUCAUCCCGGGUGAGAGAACUCAGAUGUUUACCAGUUGAGUUUGAAAUUUCUUCCAAAGUUGGCAACUCUUCAGGAGGAGAUGAAGACAAUUCAAGUGGCAAUUCUUCCGAUGAGCAGGAGCAAAAGUUUACUGAUAUACUAUCAAGUCAUGGUUCAAUUGCCACGUAUAUGAAGCCUAGUAGCAAGCUAGUUACUGCUAUUAAUCUGUUGAAAUGCGAUAAGAAAAACAGUGAGGGUAAAUAUGAUAAUGACAGUUCGAAUAAAAAACUAAAGAUCUCAUGUAUUGCAGACCAUGAUUUGUUGAUUCACCAGGAUGAGAAGACCAAUAAAUCGGACGAUACCAGGUCAAAGCGGAAAAUAAAGCACCAGUUCAGUAGAAGAGCUAAAUCUAGUCAUGCUGUUAGUUUAGUUCCCCCGGAAAAACGAAAGAAAUUAGCUGUAUUUUCUAAUACAGAAGCUAAUGAGAAAUCUUCUGCUUUGUCAAUUGGCUUAGCUUCUCGAGUGAAACAACAAAACUUAACCGCUUGUUCGAAGACAGAUAGAAGUCACCUUACUUGGAAUAUCUCUGGUAAUCCAAUUCAUUUAGUUUCUCCUGUAAAGAGACAGCGAUUAAAUGCUUGUGCUAAGACAGAGCAACGUUGCCUCACUGAAAAGUUUUCCUCCGCCACUAGUGAACAAAUGGGGCUAUGCAGCGAUGGUGUUCUCGGUACGAGUCAUUUCCAUGACAAAGUAUCAUCUGUUAGUUCUUCCGCCGAAGGCAAUCCAGAAUCCAUGGAGACUCCUCAAGGGAGUAAUAAGAAGCUUCCACCCCCUUUUAUCGAUUAG